CAUCCGCAGCCUGCACAUGCGAAAGAAUCGAGCGAAACCAGAAAACCAGUACCUCCCUCUAUCAGAGGCAGAGAGCCUCAGACAAAGUUCCAUUCCUAGCGCGCGCAUCUCUCUCUCUCUCUUCGUGUCACGCAGGAACACCCCUUUUCAAUACAGUUCGUUCUUGCAUACCGCAUCUUCGCUUGCGAUUGAGCCGGUUUCGCAUACAAUCCCUCAUUUUUAUUCUGCGUUGGAGCUCGCAAGUCUGCGAAUUUCUUCACAUUUUUCGAGCUUGAAGAAAACCCAUCCGAGGAAACUAAAUGUCUGAGAGACAAGCCCUCGAUCAGCAGCAUCAAGUUGAUCCCCAGCUGCGAUCUCCGCAGUCUCCAAAGGAAGAUAUGCUGGCUUGUGUUACUGCACUGGAGGAAGCUUUGCUGCCAUGCCUGCCGGCAAGAGAGCUUCAGGCUAUAGACCGAUCUCAACAUCCUUCACAUCAAAUUGAUGUUGAGAGGCAUGCUAGAGAUUUUAUGGAUGCUGCCAAAAAACUUCAAGUUUACUUUAUCACUCUUCAGCGUGAGGAUCAGCCAACCGAGGCUGAAAAGCUUAUGAAGGAGAUAGCUAUGAUGAAGGAAGAACUAAAAAUAAAGACCGAGCUCAUCAAGAAACAGGAGAGACUGAUCCAAGGGUGGAGGAAGGACUUGAAGGACCAAUUCGACAAAAUCAACUGUGAACUUGAGAAGGUAUAGACAAUUUCCGGUGGACUAGGUCUAUAUGCUCAACUUCUAGAUGGACAAAAGAUGGAUUGCCUUUUCUGCUGCUGGUUAUCUUAACAUGAAAAGAAUUUUAUUCUCAGAGUGCAUAAUUUUUCAACCACUAUUCUGUUUUUUUUAUUCAGUGGGUCUUGUAUAAUUAUAGGCUCUUGCAUAGACAUACCGCAAAAGGGGAAAAAUCACCCUUCGCAAAGCAAUCUGUGGGUCAACCAAGAUCAUUGAUGCCUUACGUUAGCAUUUGUUAUUCUAAUUGUCAGCUUUAGAUA